UAGAGCCGCAGCAAAAUGCUGGAUGGACACCUACUCCUGGGAUGGUUAUCGUUCACAGUCAUAGUGUAUCUUCUCCAUCUGCCUGGACCGACCGCGGCGUAUUUCGGGUUGACAGGUAAUGAACCGCUGUCUAUCCUGCCGCUGAGCUCUAUACCAGAGGAGAACGUGGGCAGGGCCCACUACAAGCUGUGCGACCGGCUCAAACUGGAAAAGAAGCAGCGUAGGAUGUGCAGACGAGACCCGGGCGUGGCCGAGACCCUGAUGGAGGCCAUUAGCAUGAGCGCAAUGGAAUGCCAGUAUCAAUUCCGCUUUGAGAGGUGGAACUGCACCUUAGAGGGGCGCCACAGAGCCAACAUUCUCAAAAGAGGAUUUAAAGAGACAGCCUUCUUGUACGCCAUCUCCUCAGCGGGCCUCACCCAUGCGAUGGCCAAAGCUUGCAGCGCGGGGCGGAUGGAGCGCUGCACCUGUGACGAGGCUCCAGAUCUGGAGAACCGCAAGGCCUGGCAGUGGGGCGGCUGCGGAGACAACCUCAAAUACAGCAACAAGUUUGUCAAGGACUUCCUGGGCAAACGCUCCAACAAGGACCUGCGUGCGCGCGUGGACAUGCACAACACAAACGUGGGCAUGAAGGUAAUCAAAGCCGGGGUGGAGACCACUUGUAAAUGCCACGGUGUCUCCGGCUCCUGCACGGUCCAGACCUGCUGGAGGCAGCUCUUGCCCUUCCACGAGAUCGGCAAGCAGCUGAAGCAGCGCUACGAGACUUCCCUCAAGGUCGGCAGCUCCACCAACGAGGCUACAGGGGAGGGAGAGAUCUCCACCGGGAGGAACCAGCAGCAGCAGCAGCAGCUUCCGCCCGGCCCCAGCGAUCAGAUCCCUCGCACCAUGGACCUGCUCCACAUCGAGGACUCGCCCAGUUUCUGUAGACCCAGCAAGUACUCGUCGGGCACCGCGGCCCGCAAGUGCUACAAGGACAAGAACUGCGACGCUAUCUGCUGCGGGCGAGGCCACAACACCCAAAGCAGGGAAGUGACCAGGCCUUGCCAGUGCCAGGUGCGCUGGUGCUGCUAUGUCGAAUGCAAGCAGUGCACACAGAGAGAGGAGGUCUACACCUGCAAAGGGUAGUCCCGCCGCCUCUCAGUCCGCCCCCCUUCGGCCUGUGACCACUAGAGCAAGUGGAAGACGGUGGUUUGAGAGAGAGGUGGUCGCUGGUCAUUUCAUUCAUGAACAAGGUUUUGCUUCCACUGUUGGAACAGUGUUCUGCAGACGAAGGAGAGCGAGCCGAUGGAGAAGCAAUAAGCACUUUGAGGGAUUUCUGUGGGUUGGGUUCUGACGUCCUGUGGCCCCCAGCGGCUGGGGUUAGCAGAGUUAAACGCCCUGCCCUUCUCAAACAACAGGGUCAACAUCUCAAGCUUGCGGUUGCAGAGUUGCCUUGGCAAUGAGGCUUCUACUUUCUUAUUCAAAAUCCUAUUACAUCUAUCCACAAGAAAACACAACUCAAGAGACCGGCAGCCGUCUCUACAUAAUGAGGAUCCAGUGCGAGGACAGUAAUACCAAGAGACUGGCUUUUGGGUUUUACCCAAAGAAG